AUUCAUACGUAAUUUGAACUUGAGAACCCGAACUCAACAUUCAUGUCUCCCUUUACUAUCGAAAAUAUUCUACGAUUCGUAUGAUUUUGUGUGACCCACCAAUUCACGGAGAAUUUUAUACUUUCGCGGGCUGCGCUCGAGCGCUCGCAAGUUGGUUUCCAUUUCUACCAACGCGCUGCGCAGUUAGCUAGGCUUUCUCGCAGUCAAAAAAGCUUUCUUGGACAAUGUGAUGGAAUCGAGCCCUGGCUCGUGUGGUGCGAUAAAGCAUCGAAUUGACGCCAUGUGAGGUGAUAUGAGCGUCCAUGAUUUGCCGUAUAUUGUUGCCCAUUGUUAGCAGGUGUUCAACUAUUUAUCGGCACCUCUUAAAAAUAACCCUUUGAACUGCUCAGCCGACCUACCCCAAUGCAGUAAUUUUUUUAGGGAAUAUCCAUGUAACCACACGAAAGGUAUACCUGUAUGUACGAGUUGAACGGUUAUACAAUAUAACACGUUGUACACUCGGGGAGUUCAAUUCUGAUUCAUAUUUGACACGAGAAAAUAGUAGGGCUUUAUUGGUCCGGAAGCAACUUCGGAGAGUUGAACAUCGAAAUGUCGUUUGCAUUCAGGAAAAAAAAAAUGUAUUCAACGUAAAUUCGGUCGAGUCUUUUCUCCCAUUGCAAGCUCCGACCGAAUACUGAAACUUAUAGACCAAAUGUACUUCUUACUUUGCGUUUGCGCUAAACGUCGUACUAUUAUCGCGAUGAGCAAGAACGUGUAAGAAUUAAAUAUCGUAUAGAUGCGUAGCCAAUCAUUAUCUUUUCAGAACUCGUCAGUCGACUCCUAUCUUUCAAGAGUUGAACAUCCGUAUUCGACAGUUGUUUUGUUUCAGCUCUGAACGAAGAGUGAAAUAAUAAAUGAAAUACUACAGAUAAAUCGAAAUGAAAUAGUUGAUCAACGAUUUGAUUGAUUACUCAAUGAUUAAAUGAAUUCAUCGCCGGUUGUUCAUUUACAGAACGGUAGAAAAAUGUGAAAUUUGUUUCACCUCCGAUCAUAAAUAUCUUAGUGUUUUUCCAGGUGUCAUUAAUAAAGUAAUAAAAUACUGCUGUACAGUUGUGAAUCUAUCGAACGGUAUAAUAAUUAAAAGUUCGUGACUCGAUAAGGCAAAAUAAGUGUCGACGACGAUCAUUACAUUCGGUAUGUCUGGAGGAAUCGAGAAUAAAUCGUUUACCGUUGAGGGAAAUGAGCUGCACGAUAUUGGAAAUGGAUCCGAACUUCGAACCGCGAGUCAAAACGCGCAGAGUCAUGAAGAAUCCAUCGGAGACCGAGACUGGUUUUCUUCAAGCCGAAACGCCAUAGGGUCGGUAAUAUCGAAAAAUCCCCGGACGAUUAGGUGGGGGUGGAUUACAAUUUUGAACGCUGCAGUCGCCGUGUAUUUUGGUUUCGCCACCCGGUACUGGUACAUAACAUACGGGUUCUGGACGGGUCAAUGGUGCAAUGGUUAUGGCAUGCUCGUUAUCCUCCUCGCUAUUAUUUAUGGGAGUUUAUUCUACUAUCAUAUUGCCAAAAGAUUUUUCGGUAAAACAAUCGCCGGAUGUUUCAGACCGGUUUUGAAAUGCUGCAAAAAUGUUAAUGAAAAUAAAUACGUGAGGCGAUUUGGGAGUGCAAUAUUUUACUUGAUCGUGUUUGCAGCCGGUAUAGUGUUUCUUAUUUUCGAUACUAUAGAUUCUCGCGAUCGAUUGAUCAGCCUGUUGGGAGCUUGCAUUCUCAUUGCACUUGGUUGGAUUUUCUCUAAACAUCCAGGACGCGUAAAUUGGACUCCGGUCCUCUGGGGUCUUAUUCUCCAAUUCGCUAUCGGAUUGUUCACCAUACGUUGGUCAACCGGAAGGGAAAUUUUUCAGUGUAUCGCCGACAAAAUGACGAUAUUUUUGAGCUAUGCGACGGAAGGUGCCAUCUUCGUAUUCUCCAAGGAAUUGGUUUCCGAGUAUAACGUCUUCGCAUUCGCUAGUCUCACGGUCGUAUUCUUCUUCAGUUUUAUCGUUCAAAUUUUAUAUUACGUGGGAGCUAUGCAGUGGUUUAUCAUGAAGUUAGGUGGGCUACUCCAAAUCAUUAUGGGAACCACCGUCUGCGAAUCGAUCAACUCCGUAGCCAACAUAUUUCUGAGCAUGUCCGAAUCACCGCUCCUAAUUAAGCCGUACAUUCCUAGUUUAACACAUUCGGAAAUGCACACAAUCAUGGCUUCCGGGUUUGCGACCGUUUCCGGUACCGUUUUGCUGGCAUACAUUAAUUUCGGUGCCGAACCGGCACAUCUGCUCAUCGCGUCGGUGAUGUCGGCACCAGCAGCGCUUUGCUACUCGAAAUUGUUUUACCCGGAAGUAGAGGAAACAAAGACCAGUCGAGAGACGAUCGCCCCGCUGAAAUCAGAUGACACGAGUCUUUUGGACGCAGCGUCGAAGGGUGCUGUUACUGGAAUCGCUUUGUUUUUAGGAAUAAUCGCCAAUGUCAUCGCAUUCGUUUCAGCGAUAGCUUUUUUGAACGGGAUAAUUUCCUGGCUGGGAGGUCUGGUCGGUUAUGAUUUCAUUACUUUCGAUUGGAUGCUCUCGAAGGUCUUCAUACCCCUAGCUUGGAUCAUGGGAGUUCCGUGGGAGGAGUGUGAAAUGAUAGCGGGACUGAUCGGUCUGAAAACCGCUGUUAACGAAUUCGUCGCUUUCCAACAAUUGGGACAGUACAAAAGCGCGAAAAUGCUCAGCCCAAGGACAGAAGCAAUAGCAACGUACGCGAUUUGCGGGUUUUCCAAUCCCGGUUCGAUCGGUAUCAUGAUCGGAGCACUCACGAGUAUGGCGCCGGAGAAACGAACCCAAAUCACCAGCGUCGCCGUUCGAGCUUUCAUAACCGGAAGUGCCGUGUGCUUUUUGACAGCCUGCGUAGCCGGUAUGCUGAUGACAGACGAAUUCUACAGCGCGGUGGCAAUAAAUUCUACGAGCACCAGCUAACGACUCGUCUUAUUGAGGAAGUGAUUAUGAAAUAAAUCACCUUGCAUCGCAUUCUACCUGACAUUGCGUUUCAUACGACGUAAUUCUUCUGCAAUUUGUUCAGCAGCAUGUUGCUGUGAAUCUACAGAACACGUCUCUCUCUUUUUCAUCUCUUUGUUUGUUUUUGUUUUUUUUUUUCUUUUUUUCAUUGUAAAGUGCAUGCGUAAAGCUGCGAAUUUUGUCAUCCAGCGGUGAUAAAUUAUGUCGGACUAUUCGCUGCUGCUGUUUUGCCCACAUUCCGUCACUUCUACCCAGUUUUUGAACGUCAUUUAUUUUCCCUCGCUCGUGUAGAAAACGAAUCCCUUGUAUUUUAAAAAUUAUAUUCUUCUUAUUUUAUUACAGAA